GCUCUCAAACUGCAGCAGAGGUGUAUUCCGAACAUUUCACGUGAUCUCGUCUGUUGCUGGUCACAAGUUAAUUUUUAGUCGGUUUUCGUUAAAAUGGGUGUGCAUAAUUCGAUUUUGGUUUUAUUAGCAGUUUAUUUAAUAUCAUUAGUAAACGUCAGUUCUGCAGAAUGUGUCCCAGUUUUUAUGUGGGGUAAUGUCCAGUACAACGAAUUGGUCUCACCCUUAAAAAAACUGAACCAGGAAAGUUUCAACGACGUCCUACAAAAUCAAAUCGAUAAGAAAAGCCUAAUCGUUGUCUUUGUAGAACAAACGCUCAGCUCUGAAGAUUUUAUUUCCGAAGACGAGAACGGCAAGAGCAUUUUUGCUACGUUGGAUCUUUUAAAAGAAUCCACUACCGUUAAUUAUUUUCAGUGCGUUAAAAACCCAGUUACGUCUAUUACUAGUUUGAAAGAAAGAAACGUUGUUCAGUCUUCCUUUGAAGAUGUUAUGAAUGAACCGCUAAAAAUUCAGCACGGAGAUGUCUUGCUAAUUGCUAUGAAUGACGCUAACGAUGACGAGGAUAGAAUAGACAUGCUACAUAGACACGAUCGCAACAUGGCCACCAUUUAUGCACGUUUGGUUAAAGAUCACAAAGAUAUUGUUAUGAUAUAUACAGCAUAUGGUCCGUCCUGGAUAAUAUCCGAAGAUGUUCGCAGUCAUCGGCAUAUUCGUGAUGUUAGCAAACCGAAUGAUACUGAACCAGAACCAAGUUACCUAGUAAUUAAAAACAACGAUAUCCUUAUUAGUUCAAUGUCGAAUCCUUUGCUCGUGUGUAACGGAACAACCGUCAGCUUAGAUACUUUCACUGAGAUUACUACGGAAAAUAAAUCGGAGGAAGGAAUGAAUAUUACUUUAAAGUCGCCAACUGUUACGCAUAUCACACUAACAUUUGAAUUUCUUUUUGCGGGCGGUUAUUGGAUCAUGGAUAACAUUACUGUACUUAACACAUCCGCACCGGAGCAAGACAACAAGUAUUAUUUCCGUGUUAAGGAGUUCUAUGCUCCGGAAUUAUUUUCGUAUCAUUGCUCCAAUAUGUUAUUCUAUUUUCCAAGGAAUCCGAAUCAAAAUUUAUCAUUCAAGGAGUUACAAAUACAACCCUUCCUUAAUGAAACCAAGGUGAAAUUUGGAUACCCGUACGAUUGUGUAGGAUUUAUGUCUGCUCCAAUAUGGUCUGGUUUGUUUGUUACGUUUAUUCUCGUUUUAAUAAUGACUUGUGGCCUAACAAUGAUGAUGGACAUUAAAACAAUGGAUCGUUUCGAUGAUCCAAAGGGUAAAACUAUAACUGUUACCGCGACAGAAUAAACACAACGUAACUACUUAAUCCGGUCACACUGUUGCCAUUUUUAAUACUAAAAUAAUACUGUCUAUAUAUUUCUCAGGAAAUGAUAACCUCUUGUGCCUUUUGCACAAGUAUAUUCGUUGAAAGUUUGAAUUUUUCACUGUUUUAAUAUUUCAAAUGUAAGUUUGUGACGCGGAUAUUUAAAUCCUGCCUUCCAAAUACCACAGUCGCGCACUGUAGUAACAUAAAAGGAACUUAUAUCAAAUGCCUGUUUCAUAUAAGUUUUCUUGUAGACUGUGCAGUUGUUAGUUGAUAUUGUGAUAUUUAUAGCUCAUUGUCUUAACUUCAUCUGCUGGUCUUUGAAAAUACAAUUAGUGGCAAAUUGUCGAUCGCAUUCCCAGGUUUUAUAAGUGUACGACAAUAGUAUUUUUAAAAUUUAGAAUUUGUAUAAACUUUUUGUAGAAAUAUAAAUACUCUGCCUAAUAAACACACCAGAGACAAGCAGUUUGUAGUUAUUUAUUUUAUAUUCCUUAUUGGGGUAUAUAUUUCUUGUUAUAUUUGUUCUAGAAAUUUAUAUAUAUGCAUAUACAUAAUAGUUUUGUAUAUAUUAAGUUGACAUAUUCACGUAAUGUAUAAAAGUGCACUUAGGCUGUAAGUAUUCAAAUGAGGAAAUUCUGUAUUAUGUACAUAUUAUGUUGUAAAAUGUUAGCUGUAGCUUAAGUAUAGCAGUGCAGAAUGGUGAAUAUACAGGGUAAGUCUUAAGUGUGAUUGCUUUCUUUGUGUGUUCCGUGAACACGCACAAGGAUUGGGAAAUGGAUAAUUGACUUAUCCUUUAGUAAGAAAUUCGCAUUGGGGCAUCUUAUAUAUACAGAACAUUAACCUAAAUUUUUUCUAUGUUAAGGUGUAAAUGUAUGCGGCAAAAUAACUUUAGAAUUAUCCUGUGUAUAUCGUCCUUUUGUCGUUUCAGUUAUUAAAUACAAUAAUUUGUUUUGGUGUUGGCAGUAGUAACAUUAGAAGGUUGUAACUACAUACAGGUAUAUAAACAUGUUAAUCAAACUCAUUUUUGGGACUUAAAUUAGACUUUUAGAAUCGUUGCUAUAGUUAACAAAUAUCAAUGUCGCAAAAUUUAUAUACCUGUGGUUGUACACACAUACUUUGUAUGGUGUCAAUGUUAUGCAAAUGUAUUGUAGAUAGACUGUAUUAAAUUUACUUUGUAAAUAAAAACAGUGCUGUUAUUCCUACUUAGAGCAAGAACACGCACAACAGCUAUGUGCAGCUGAUGUGUGAUAGGCAGUCAACUAUGAAUGUGUGUACUUGUCCUGCUCUCAACAUGCAGCACUACAAGAUUACUUAUUAAAUACACAAUAAUAAAGUUCUA